AUGACGAUCUUCUUGGACGACAUGAGCAUGCCACUGGUGAACCAGUGGGGUGACCAGGUCACUCUUGAGCUUACUAGACAGCUUGUGGACAUGGGCGGCUUCUAUUUCCUCGACAAGGAUAAGCGUGGUGACUUUAAGACGAUCGAGAAGCUCAGCUACAUUGGCGCUAUGGGCCAUCCAGGAGGUGGUAGGAAUGACAUACCUAAUCGGACCAAGAGCAAGUUUUUCGCCUUCAACAUGGUCUUGCCGAGUGUAGUCAGUGUUGACAACAUUUACGGCAGUAUCCUGAGGGCUCGAUUCAAUAGCAAAUCUGGAGCUCCAGAUAAGGUUGUGGCGAUGACCGAGAAGCUUACAGUGGCGACCAUCGAUGUUUGGGACAAGAUCAAACGUUCCCUUUUGCCCACACCGCAAAGAUUCCACUAUGUCUUCAACAUGCGUGAGCUCUCGCGUGUCUUCCAAGGAGUCAUGGAUACUCCUCUGGAGGUCAUCACUGAUGAGAGCGUGCUGGUCUGCCUGUGGAAACACGAGUGCACUCGAGUCUUUGCUGAUAAGUUGGCGAGGACUGUGGAUAAAGAGUUCGUGGAUAAGGUCAUCAAUGACUUCACCCUUCAACACUUCGGAGAGAAGCUUGCUACUGAGCAUGCAGUUACCACUUGGUGGGCUGAUUUCCUGAGGGAUGCUCCGGAAAGCGAGGAUGAGGAAUUGGAUGCCCCCAAGAUUUACGAGCCGAUCGGUGCCAACUUUGAUAGAGUGCGAUCGAAGGCUUAUGAAUAUCUUAAGAAGUUCAACGACGCCUACCCUGCGAAGUCCAUGAAUCUUGUCCUGUUCGACGACGCUAUGUGCCACAUGAUGAGAAUAGUGCGUACCAUUCAGCAGAAGCGCGGAAGCGCCAUGCUUGUCGGUGUCGGAGGCAGUGGCAAACAGUCACUUACUAGACUUAGUAGUUUCACGUGUAAUCAAAAGUGCUUCCAGAUCGCUCUUACGAAGAACUACAACGACAACGCUCUAUUUGACGAUCUUCGUGGGCUCUAUCAGGACGCUGGACAGAAGGGGACUCCCGUGACGUUCCUGUUUACUGAUGCAGAGAUCAAGAACGAGGGGUUCUUGGAGUAUAUGAACAGCAUCCUAGCAACGGGCGAGAUCGCAGGCCUCUUCCAGAAGGAUGAGAGGGACAGUAUGUGUGCUGAUGUCCGCAACGACUUCGUCAAGGAGCGACCGGGUGCUGAUGAAAACAUGAUCAACCUGUACGGCUACUUCCUGGACCGGCUUCGAGACAACCUCCAUGUCGUUCUCUGCUUCUCGCCGGUCAACGCGAAGUUCCCCAUCAGAGCACAGAAGUUCCCAGCGGUCUUCUCGGCUGUUAACAUCAAUUGGUUCCUCCCAUGGCCGGAGGAGGCACUCGUGGCUGUCAGCUCCACAUUCCUAAGAAGUUAUGAAGUGGACACCCCGCCGGACAGGAAGGAGGCGCUGUAUCAGCUCCUUGGCAGCUACCAGAAUCUCGUGGGACAAGUCUGCGACCUAUAUUUCCAGAGCAUGCGGCGACAUGUCUAUGUCACACCAAAGAGUUAUCUGUGCUUGAUCGAUUUCUACAAGCAGCUGUAUAAGGUGAAGUACGACGAAGUGAACAUUUUGGAGAAAAGCGUCAACACUGGUCUGAAGAAACUCAAUGAGGCUGCGGAAGAUGUGGAGACGAUGAAGGUCGCCUUGAGGGAGGAAGAGAAGAAUCUCAAGGUUGCCGAAGAACAGACCAAUAAGCUUCUGGUGAAGGUUCAGAGUGAGACAGUGAAGGCGGAGGCAAAGGCAGCAGAAGUGGGCGCAAAGAAGGAUGACUGCCUCCAGUCGAAGGCCAUCAUCGAAAGUGAACAGGAGGCCGCGAAUAAGGACUUGCAAGCGGCCUUGCCCUUCCUCCACGAAGCCGAGUCGGCUGCUCGAUCGAUCUCUUCCAAGGACAUCACAGAGUUGAAGACGUUGAAGACGCCCAGCGAUAUCAUCCGUUUGGUCUUCGAUGGUCUCCUUAUUUUGCAGCAGAAGCGUGUUGUUGAUGUGAGAGCUGAGGAGAAGAUAGACUUCAUCCAUGACUCCUAUGAUGAGAUCGCGAAGUCGGUCCUUUCGGACAUUCGCUUCUUACCGGACUUGCUUGACUUCUCUGCCAACGAGAAGGAUAACAUCAACGAUGAGACAUGCGAGUUGUUGCAGCCGUAUUUGCAGUUGGAGAACUUCAACCCUGCUGUAGCAAAGAAGGCCUCUGGGGCUGCGGAGGGUCUAUGCAAGUGGGUGGGCGCGAUGGUCAUGUACCAUGAGGCUGCGAAAAUCGUUAAGCCAAAGAUGGACUAUUUGAAGGUGCAAACGGCAAAGUUGGAAGCAGCGAUGACAGAGCUGGGCGAAGCCGAAGCCGAGCUUGCUGCAGCGCAGGCAGUGUUGGAUGGCCUCAAUGCCCAAUUCCAGGAAGCCAUGGAUGGGAAGAAUGCUCUCGAGGAGAAGGCUAAUGCUACGAAGAACAAAAUGGACCAGGCUAAUAAACUGAUCAACGGACUCGGCGGGGAGAAGAAGCGUUGGACUGAGGAUGCCAACAACUUCGCAGAUCGGCGUAAACGGCUGGUCGGAGAUGUGGCCUUGUCCUGUGCCUUUGUGACCUUCUGUGGACCAUUCAACUCGGAGUAUCGAGACAAGCUCAACACAGAGUACUUCCUAGCUGAUACACAUCAGAGGAAGGUGCCGGCAUCCGAAAAGAUGGACCUUGUGGGGUUCCUCGUUGACCAAGGAACAGUCGGAGAAUGGGCUUUGGAAGGUCUGCCCAGCGAUGACCUUUCCGUCCAGAACGGCAUCAUGGUCACUCGAUCUAGCCGAUAUCCUCUCAUGGUUGAUCCACAAGGACAAGCCCUAAGGUGGAUCAAGAGUAGGGAAAGUGAUCGAGUCGCCAAGGCACCAGGACAGUGUGUAUCGACUCUGUCGAAUCCGAGACUGAAGGACCAACUGGAGUUCACAAUGGGUGAAGGACUGUGUCUGAUCCUCGAGAAUGUUGAAGAGGAAAUCGAUCCCAUUCUCGAUCCUGUCCUGGAGAAGGCUAUCGUGAAAAAGGGCAAGAAUCUAUACAUAAACGUCUCGGACCAGAACAUGGACUACAACCCAGCCUUUGUCCUCUAUAUGACUUCACGUCUACCAAACCCGCACUUCUCGCCAGAGCUGUCUGCCAAGUGUACGGUCAUUGACUUCACGGUCACACUGAAAGGCUUGGAACAGCAGCUCCUUGGAAGGGUACUUGGCAUGGAACAGAAGAGCCUUGAAGAUAGUCUUGCGGCUCUUAUGGAAGAAGUGACAAAUAAUACGAAGUCGUUACAGUUGUUGGACAAGCAACUGUUGGAGCGUCUAUCGAAUUCGAGUGGCAAUCUAUUGGACGAUAUUGAGCUCAUCGAAGUGCUUGCCAAUACGAAGGCCAAGGCCAAGGAGGUUGAGCAGAAGCUUAUGGAUGCCGAGGAAAAGAAG